CCCCACGCUCCGUCGACUUGACUCAGACGAAGCCGACACUCUGGCUCUAGCCGCUGCCAUCGCUGACCGCUGGGCGGGUGAUCAGCGGACGCGGGCGCAGGCGGCUGCGAGAAGCCAGCGCGCCCCGAGCAAGCAGCGGCCAAGUCCCGAGUUCCGUAUGCGCUGCUUCCCACGCCCGCGCCGGCCGCUCUGCCUGCCCUCGCUCCCUCACACACACACCGCAAGCGCCGCAAGCGGACCAGCAGACGCCCGGCAUGUCGCAGCGCACCAUCACCUUCGUCACGGGCAACGCCAACAAGCUCAACGAGGUGCGCGCCAUCCUCGCCGCCUCGCCCAACUUUCCCUUUGCGCUCGUCAACCAGGCGCUCGACGUGCCCGAGGUGCAGGGCACGACGGCCGACGUGGCACGCGCCAAGUGUGCGGCUGCGGCAGCGCAGCUCAACGCUCCAGUCAUCACCGAGGACACGGCGCUCGGCUUCACGGCGCUCGGCGGCCUGCCCGGGCCGUACAUCAAGGACUUCCUCGGCACGCUGGGCCAUGACGGCCUCAACAAGCUGCUCGCCGGCUUCGCCGACAAGUCCGCCCACGCCAUCUGCACGUUUGCCUACAGCGCCGGCGCGGGCCAGCCCGUGCUGCUCUUCGAGGGCCGCACGGCGGGGCUUAUUGUGCCCGCGCGCGGGCCCGCCAACUUUGGCUGGGAUCCCAUCCUGGAGAUUGACGGCACGGGCAAGACGUACGCCGAGAUGCAGAUGGCCGAGAAGAAUGCCCUCUCGCACCGAUACAAGGCCCUCGCCAAGCUGCAGGAGUACCUCGUCGGCCUCGGCGCAGAGAGCGCAGACGCAGCAUAGACAGGAUAGCUGAAGGCAU